AAUAUACUAAUUACAGUCUCCAUAGAAACUAGACUAUUAUUAUUAAUGCACAUCGUAAUGAAGUUGAGUUCUUCUUCCACUCAUCUAUCUUUGCACCACCCCUAAAAUGGACAAGGCAAAGAAUCGAAAUCCAGCGGCUGAUCUUCGCAAAAUGCGACGAAUCAUUGCUGAAGACCCCGAGUGGAACUUGGAGAUUGUACCUCCUCUUGUGGAUGUGUGUAUAUCACAUAUAGUGGGAAACUUUGGAGAAAAUCCACUUUUUGAAGAACUUUUACCAAAGCACAAACAAAACGUUCUCAAGAAACUUUCCCCUAAUAUUCCGCUCAAAAUCACUGCCCCUUUAAUUAAUGACGAGUCAUAUUGGGAGCGUUGUUGCCGGGGGCGAUGGGAGCUGUGUGACUUGUCCGAGUACAGUGGCCAGUGGAAGAGGAUGUUCUUUGAGAGGAAUGCACAAGAGACAGUUGAAACCUUCGUCCCUGAGCAGAGUGACAUUUUCAAGUUGGAGGGCACUCUGCAGUUGUCGAGUCAGUAUGUACAUAGAUUGAGAGUAAAUCAGCUUCUUCCCCCGCCCCGAGACAAGGCAAUAAAUGGAGAUGAUGAUGAUGGAUUGACUGAGGAUGGUACACUGUCAGUGUGUAACGAUCAUCUUAACUGCGGUCUCAUCCUGAAGAACUUGCAUCAACUUGAUGAGCUGUCCCUCACUUUUGGAGUGAAAAAUUGUGGAAUGAACUUUGACUGGUCUUUGUUCGAAUUCACGGCUCGAGACAGCCAGCUGUUAGCCAAUGGGCUCAAGGCCACGCCCACUUUGAGGGUGUUUCGCCUGAACCGUAGUAAAGUUGGUGAUCAGAAGGGACGACUCAUCAUCUCACAUCUCUUAGACCACCCUUCGCUCUCAGUGCUAGAUCUCUCUCACAACAAGUUGGGAGACAAUGCUGGGCGAGCAAUAGGCAAACUGUUAAAUGGCCACUCUCCAAAACUGGUCACAGUGGAGCUGAGCAACAAUCUAAUCGGCAAACAAGGGGGAGUGUCAAUAGGCCACGCCCUCCAUAACAACGGAAUUGUUAGAGAACUCAAUCUCCGUAUGAACAGACUUGGAGACGAGGGUACACAAUCGAUACUCAAGGCACUGCAGGGCAAGAACGAUAGUCUACUGACCCUCAACAUAGGGAGCAAUGACAUGGGGGAGGCCUCGGCUCAAGCACUCUCAGAGAUGGUGAUCAUAAACAAGACACUACAGAACCUCAACAUUACCUGCAACAAAAUACUUGAGGCUGGUGGCAAACUCAUACAACACGGUAUGGAGGAGAACAAGUCUCUAUUGAACUUUGACCUACGUCUGACGGAGAUUAGCCAGGAGAGCGAGUACUGUAUUAAUCAAGCAGUCAAAGACAAUCAGGACAGGGGAGGGACGAGAUAGCUAUAGUACAUAAUUAUGUAUAUAAUAUUUGUAUGUGUUGAUUAUUGUUUGUCUGUACAUGUAUACGGUAUAAUAUGGUGUUUGUUGGCUGUAUAGCCUGUAUUUACAAACUUUAAUAAUAUUUAUUGUGGUUUUUGCUGAUAUUCUAAAAUUGAUCAACUUACAUGACAUUGUA